CAACUGCGUCUAGUUAACAAGAACAUUGAUUUAUUAACAAAUAGCAAUCUUAUAUUAAUGCCACAAAUCUGCACUGGUCCACUUUACCAAUCAAGUCCACUUACCUACUAAUAAUCUAACGAACCUGCCAUGUGAGAGUGUGAAAAAGCCAGUCACCAGGAACCAACGAAGAAAAGUUGAGCAUUUGCAACAAGAAAUGGGAUUCUGCUUCAGAUCUGUGAUCAAGUUCACCACUUGGACCUGUGUUCUUGUGUUCUGGCUUUCUUGCUUCAGCUUUAGUUCAUCAGAAGCCUAUGAUGCACUUGACCCAAAAGGAAAUAUUACAAUUAAAUGGGACGUUAUUAGCUGGACUCCAGAUGGCUAUGUUGCUGUUGUCACAAUGUUCAACUUCCAGCAAUAUCGUCGCAUUCAAGCACCAGGAUGGACGCUAGGAUGGACAUGGGCAAAAGAGGAGGUGAUAUGGAGCAUGGUGGGAGCCCAAACUACAGAGCAAGGAGAUUGUUCAAAAUACAAAGGGAACAUUCCGCAUUCCUGCAAGAAGGAUCCAACGGUUGUGGACUUAUUGCCGGGAACUCCUUACAACCAGCAAAUUGCGAAUUGCUGCAAGGGAGGAGUAAUCAACUCAUGCGGGCAAGAUCCAAACAAUUGUGCGAGCGCAUUCCAGGUUAGUGUGGGUGCAGCUGGAACCACUAACAAAACAGUUCGUGUGCCCAAGAACUUCACCUUGCAAGCACCUGGACCGGGUUAUACUUGUGGACCUGUAAAAAUUGUUAAACCUACCAGAUUUGUUAGCCAAGAUGGAAGGAGAGUCACACAAGCUAUGAUGACUUGGAAUGUUAUAUGCACAUAUUCACAAUUUUUGGCUCAGAAAACUCCAACUUGAUGUGAUUCUCUAUCAUCCUCCUACAAUGACACAAUAGUACCCUGCCCAACAUGCACCUGUGGCCGCCAAAACAACGCCACUCAGCCAAGGAGCUGCGUAAGAGUAUUUUCUCUUAAAAUUAUUUUUCUGCAUCUUCCUGCUUUUCUCUUCUUGUAACAAGAUUUAAAAGAGAAGAUUUUUCUUCGAGCUUCUUCUAAUAUGAAUAUAAUUUUUCCCUGCU